GAACGGAUUUAUCCAAAAUUUGAUACUUCAAUUUCCGUAAGGAAGACUUUCUUUUUGCGCUACGGUUGAAUGAUGCCAAGGAAAAGUCAAAUGACAUGUGAAGCAGUAGAAAUCUUGACUCCUUCCAAAGCAACAGCCGCCCACCUGUGAAUGAACUAAUGGUUACUGGAGCAGAGGGAAGCGUAGAAAAGUAUGGCAAGUUGGAUGAGGGACUGGUAUUCCUUCCGCGAGAUGGGAUGGACCACAGAAACCAGAUUGCUUGCAAGCAAACGAACCUCGGGAAUAUGGUUUGGCAAAGAAGGGAGGGAGGAGAAAAAACAAGAGGACCAAAUUUGAAGGAGAGAUAAGAGGCUGGAAUGGUAGACUCGUGAAACGACGAGCAUGAAAGCGAGUGGUGGUCGCCCAAAGAUUUGAUCUUUUGUUGUUCUGGUUUCUCAAUAUGUUGUUGUUCUUCGUGAGGUUGUGCAACAUGUUGUGAACCUUUUGCUGCAAGUGAAGUCAAAGCUGGGAAAGAAAGGACUCGUGAUUGAAGAAAGCAAAGAAUAGGCCACAGAGAGAGAUCACAGAGGGAGCAGAACACCAAAAAGGAGGCAUCUUGGAGCAGAAAACCCACCCUAAGAUUCAAGGACAGCCGAUGAGCCCUUGCCUUGACCCAUCGCCGCCUGCGUUGCUGCUUCUACUCCCUUUCUGAGGCGGAAAGGAGACGCCUUUGGGGCAUGGAAGUCCCAGCAGACGAGCUGCUGAAGAAGAUCCAGGAGCUGGAGGCGGGGCAUGCGCAGCUGAAGCAGGAGAUGUCGAAGCUGGUGCCCGCGGAUGGUCACCGAGCGGGCCGAUCCGAAUGCGGCCUAUCCCACUCGGUGUCGCCUCAGCGGACGACGGCGCCGCUGCAGCGGCGGAGGAGCGGAGGCCUCGAGGGGGCCUCACCGCCCCGGGGGAAGGUCUCCGGCUCCUUCGGCCACUCGUCGAGGCUGCAGUUGGAGAGCCAGGGGACAAGCAGCUCCACCGAUGGUGCGGCCGGCCUCGGCCUCUCGGAAAGGCAGUACCUGAAAAUUCUGCAGUCGAUGGGGCAAUCGGUCCAUAUAUUCGAUCUCGACGGCAGGAUUAUAUAUUGGAAUCGGUCAGCGGAAAAUCUGUAUGGAUAUUCUGCAUCUGAAGCUCUUGGUCGGAAUGCAAUUGAGUUGCUUGUUGAUGUAUGUGAUUUCAACAUUGCUAGUAACAUAGUUCAACAUAUAACUACCGGAGAGAGCUGGACCGGGAAGUUCACCGUGAAGAACAAGUUAGGAGAACGUUUUCUAGCUAUUGCCACCAGCACCCCCUUUUAUGAUGAUGAUGGUAGUUUGGUUGGCAUCAUUUGUGUUUCAAGUGAUUCAAGGUCCUUUCAGGACUCGGCAUCCCCUCCAACCGCCACCAACCCACGGGCAUCUGCCUGCAGUACUGCAAGUCGACCAAGAAUAAGUUUUAUUAAUAAGCAUGGAUCUGAUCCUCAGCAACCCAUCCAGGUUGCUAUUGCAUCCAAAAUUACAAACCUGGCCACUAAGGUUACAUGCAAAGUUCGUUCUCGAAUAAAGCUAGGCGAAAACAAUUUGGAACGUGAGAUUCGAACCAGAGAUAGCCAGUGUUCUUAUCACAAUGCAAUUUCAUCAGGCCACAAGGAGGAUGGUGCUCCAAGUGGAGCUAGCACACUUACAAGAGAUGUACCACCUUGCGCAUGUGGCAGGAACUCUGCUAUGAUAGAGGAAAAGUCUCCUGGCAAAGCAACUAAAGUAAAAAAUGAUGAAGAUGAAGGAAAAACAGGCAUAUACAAGAUCAUAAGCAAGACAGAGGCAUUAUUUGCCAAUAAGGGGAUAUCAUGGCAUUGGAAAGGGCAUGAGCAGGAUGGUAAUGAUUCAAAGCAUCGAUUUGUCUGGCCAUGGCUGCAUGGUAAUCAAGAAAAUGACAGCAAUUAUCCAAAGGCAUCUGAAUUUGGUGCAAGAACAGAAACUCAAGUAACUGAAAAUAACCGGACAGGCAAUAAUGAAGCUUCUGGGUCCUGGUCCUCUCAUAAUGCAAACAGCAUAAGUAGUGUUAGUAGCAGUGGGAGCAUCGGCGGCACUGCUGUUCAGAAGGCGGAUAUCAAUACUGACUGCUUAGAUUAUGAGAUCUUAUGGGAAGACCUUACAAUUGGAGAACAAAUAGGUCAAGGUUCUUGUGGGACUGUAUAUCACGCUUUGUGGUAUGGAUCGGAUGUGGCAGUUAAAGUAUUCUCAAAGCAGGAAUACUCUGAUGAAGUAAUAUUUUCCUUUAGACAAGAGGUGUCACUCAUGAAGAGGCUACGACAUCCGAAUAUACUACUUUUUAUGGGUGCAGUUACUUCUCCUCAUCGCCUUUGUAUUGUGACAGAAUUUCUUCCACGUGGGAGUUUAUUCCGUUUACUGCAAAGAAACACAAUGAAAUUGGACUGCAGACGGCGUACUCUCAUGGCUCUAGAUAUUGCAAGAGGGAUGAAUUAUCUUCAUCAUUGCAAUCCUCCUAUCAUCCAUCGUGAUUUGAAGUCAUCAAAUUUGUUGGUUGAUAAGAAUUGGACAGUCAAGGUUGGUGAUUUUGGCCUUUCACGUUUGAAGCAUGAAACUUGCUUAACCACGAAAACUGGGAAAGGAACGCCACAAUGGAUGGCUCCGGAAUGUCUUCGAAAUGAACCUUCAGAUGAGAAGUCGGAUGUGUACAGCUAUGGCGUAAUACUUUGGGAACUUGUCACUGAGGAAAUCCCUUGGUAUAAUCUCAAUUCAAUGCAGGUCAUCGCAGCUGUGGGAUUCAUGAACCAAAGGUUAGAUCUCCCCAAAGAUCUGGACCCACAAUGGGUAUCGAUAAUCGAGAGCUGUUGGCAUAGCGAACCAAAAUGUCGACCAAAUUUCCAAGAACUUAUAGAAAGAUUUAGAGAUUUGCAGAGACAACAUGCUGUCCAGUCUCACAUGCAGCGUCCCACGCCCAGUGAAACAGCACCAAGUACUGCAAAAGCAAGCUCUCAAGAUGGGAAUGAGCCGGAGUAGUUUACAAGGCGGCAUUUUGUAUGAAACAACCCCACAAGAGUAUCAACCUUUGUCUCUCUAGGAGUGCUUCUCAUUCUAUCAUCUGAGGGAUUAGCAAUUGGCCGCAGAUCCUCUGAGAAAAAUGUAGCUAGCUGCAUUUUUUCUUAGCUCAGCUGCAUGCUAUAAUUUCAGAUUUUUUUUCACACCUACCUUCUGUCUGAUCAAAAGAACAUGACAGAUACACAGUCAAGCUUGUUUUUUACAGUACAAUUCAUUCAAUCACAAACUAAGACAACAAUCUUUCUA